AUGGGACACAUUUCUAGCUCUGAUACUAAAAAGCAUGUGCCAAUGUAUUAUUUUCUGGGUGUGUUAUCAUGUGUGGAUGCCAGUAUUUCUUCAGUAAUUAUCCCUAACAUGUUAGUAGAAUUUACAUCCAAAAAUAAAGUCAUUUCAUUCCUUGGGUGUGGAACCCAGAUGUUUCUCGUUGUUACUUUUGGGACCACCGAAUGCUUUCUCUUGGCUGCAAUGGCAUAUGAUCGCUAUGUAGCCAUCUACAACCCCCUCCUGUAUUCAGUGACCAUGUCACCCAGAGUCUGUGUGACACUCGUCAUUGCAUCCUAUGUUGGUGGCCUUUUGAAUGCUUCUGUGCACACAGUGGCCACAUUUAGCCUAUCAUUCUGUGUAACCAAUGAAAUUAGACAUGUCUUUUGUGACAUCCCUCCUCUCCUGGCUAUUUCUUGCUCUGACACUUAUACAAGCCAGCUUCUCCUUUUCUACUGCGUGGGCCCUGUUGAGCUUGUCACUAUCCUGAUUGUCCUGAUCUCCUACGCCUUCAUUCUACUGGCAAUUCUGAGGAUGCAUUCUGCUGAGGGGAGAAGAAAAAUCUUCUCUACGUGUGGUUCUCACCUAACUGGAGUGUCAGUUUACCAUGGAACCAUCCUCUUCACGUAUGUGAGACCAAGUUCCAGCUAUGCCUUGGACCAUGACAUGAUAGUGUCAAUAUUUUACAGCAUUGCGAUUCCCAUGCUGAAUCCCAUUAUCUACAGUUUAAGGAACAAAGAUGUCAAAGAGGCAAUGAAGAGAGUCAUUCAGAAACACUUUUUGAGGCAUGGAUCUAGAUGUUGCAGCUACAGUGUUGAACAAAGUAAGCAAAAAUCCUGCACUUAUUAA